AUGGGCACUGGCAACCUCUCCGCCCACUCUCCUGCAGAGCCUCGCGAUACCAACAAAAUCGAACUUGUAUCCAUUAAAGAUAGCCAUAUCUCAGGGGUGCGGGUGUAUCCUGCCAACGCUGAAGUCACUCGCGUCUUCCGGUUCGAUGUCAAGGCAGGCCAGAAUCAUAUCUCCAUUACUGGCCUUCCCAAGUGCAUCGUCGCAGAUUCACUCAGGGUUCAAGGCUAUGGGGCCGCAACCAUCCAUGAUGUUGCGAUUGCGGAGCCCGACAACCGUCAAGCCCGCUCGAGGGUUCGGGCAGCCACUUCGCCAAAGUUGACGGAGCUGACGAGAGCAUGGAACAAAACCGUUAAGUCCCUCUACAGAGUCGAGAAGACGCUCAAUGCUAUGGAAACCUUCGUUGGUAGCAUACGAGCUGAAGCCGUGGACACAUCUAAAGUCGAGGACAUCGUCAACCAUUUCGAGACCUAUCAGGCGGCUGCUGCGAAACUCGACGACAAGAUCUCGCAGCUAGAAGAAGAAAAACAAAGACUGGCGAACGAGAUCAAGGAAGAGAAAAUGGCGCUAAGAGGACCUGAUACAGACCAACAACUGACGCAGAAGGCGACCAUUGGGAUUUACGCCGAAACGGACGGCGAACUCGAGCUAAUCCUCACUUACACUGUUUGCGAUGCAACUUGGAGCGCUGUUUACGACAUUCACGUCGAUUCCCAAGCGAAAGACAGAGUGCUCACACUUCUGUACAAAGCCUCAAUUAUUCAAUACACUGGAGAAGACUGGGUAGGCGCAGCGAUCAAACUCGAAACUAUGUCCCCAGCGUCUGGUGUUACCUUGCCUACCCUCUCUAGGUGGUCCCUUCGAUCAUUCCAGAUUCCAACGGUGCAGCCAGUAGCCUGUUUUAUCGGUCGCAGUCGCAGUCGCAGCCGAAGCCGAAGCCGAAGCCCACGGGCGUCUUCACUUCCUGUUGUAAUACAGCCAUCUGUGGUACCACCUCCGACCAUGUUACCACUCGCGCCAAGGAGUAUUGGAGAACGUAGCCCUUCUCCGCCACCACCCCCAAUGAUCAGGUUUCGAGGCUCGCAAGUGUCCCGACAGGGCAACAUAAGCGCCACCUUUGACGUCGAGGGGCAGCUGACUAUCCCAAGCGACAAUAUUGCUCACAGCGUGAAGAUUGUUGAGUUGAAGUUGAAUGGCGAUCUUGAAUUCGUGGUUGUCCCCAAGCGGGAUACGCGUGUACAUAUCAAGGCCAAAGUCAAAAAUGAAUCUGCGUACACGCUACUCGAAGGCCCUGCGAGCGUGUACAUUGACGGGACCUUCAGCACCCGUUCGAAGGUUCCCCUCACAAGCCCCGAGGAAACAUUCGAUUGCCACCUUGGUCUGGACGAACCGAUCCGGGUUACCUACCCCACUGCAUCGCGCAACAAGACGGAGACUGGAUUCGUGACCAAGUCGUGCGUGACUAGGUUUACUCAACACCUCACAGUCCACAACACGAAGCCCCGAGCGAUCUCUCACCUCAAGGUCGUCGAGCAAAUCCCCGUUUCAGAGGAAGCCUCUAUCGUUGUCAAGCUCCUAAACCCUCCCCUACCACUUCUGAACCUAGGUGAAGCCAAUCACGAAGCAGCAUUCUCAAAGGCACCGGCACAAGUCCCAGUCAGCGAAGGGGUUGUUGCCCAGUGGGGAUGGACUAGCAGAGAGGGAAGCGACGGCGUGGCGUACGUCCUACAUUCCGACCAAGGAGGAUUGUGGUGGAAAUGCGAUAUUCCUGCCCACGGCAAGGUAAACUUGAUGUUACAAUGGGAAGUCACGGCUCCCUGGAAGACGGUCGUUUCGGGUCUAUGUUAG